AUGGAUGUACAGGUAACAUGGCAGAAACUGGUGAACGGCACAAAGCAGAACGUGGCGAUCGCCAAUCCCUCCCUGGGUGUGUCCGUGGCCCCGCCCUACAGGGACCGCGUCACCUUCAAGAAUGGAGCAGUGAGGCGACGGACUCCGACUCUUGAAGACACCACCAUCACCUUCUCCUCGCUCCGCCUUUCUGACGAGUCAACCUACAUCUGUGAAUACACCACGUUCCCCGCGGGGAACCGAGAAAACACCGUAAACCUCACUGUGUAUGUUCGCCCAACAACCCAGAUGAGUUUGUCCACGCCGACGCUGGUGGCUCGUUCUUCCAAUCUGAAAACACCUGUAGCCACUUGCGUCUCUGCCAAUGGAAAACCACCUGGUACCAUAAGGUGGGAGACGAGAGUGCCGGGAGAAGUGACCACCCGAGAGUACAAAAACUCAGACGGGACGGUGACUGUUCAGAGUGACUACAUUUUGGUGCCCAGCAGGGAAACACACAAGGAGACGCUCACCUGUGUCACCACCUACAACGAGGAGGUCUUCACUGACAGCAUCACCCUCGAUAUUCAGUAUGAGCCAGAGGUUUUGGUCGAUGGGUUUGAUGGAAACUGGUAUCUGAACCGAGAGAACGUCCAGUUGAGCUGCCAAGCUGAUGCCAACCCGGCCGUCUCUCUGUACCAGUGGAGACUGAUAAAUGGGACCUUACCGAGCAAUGCUGAGAUCCGAGACAACGUCCUUACCUUUAAAGGGCCAAUCACAUAUGACGUGCAAGGCACCUAUGUGUGUGAUGCAACCAACAGCAUCGGGACGCGAUCAGGCUCUGUGGAGGUCAGCAUUAUAGAAAAGCCUCUACCGCAGAUUGCAACAGGUGAUGUCAUCAGCGUAGUCGCCUUAUUACUAGCUGCUGGAGUGCUAAUGGGCAUCACUAUCACAGUCCUGGUGCUCAAAAUAAGAAGUAGAAAGGACGACUCCUCAAGCGACUCUCCGUCCAGUAAACUGUCCCAGCCGAUAAGGAAAAGACCAGGAGAUGAUAUCCAGCAUUCAGGACGGUUUUAUGAAGAGCUUCCAAACACAGCGGACUACGUGAGCUACAGGCUUGCCUGUAACAAAGAGGACUACCCAGAGCCCUACUCCCCUCCCAUCAACCCUCCUCUCUCAUUUCUGCCCCAACAUCCAUACCAGUCCUCACAACCAACCACUGCAACCAGCAGCAGCAGCAUCGCCACGUCAAAAAACACCUUCUCUCCUCCUUCACACACCACGGCCAUCUUUAAAUACCCCUCAGUACCGGGCCUGUCUUCUCCUCCCCCAGGAGUGGCAGCAUACACUUUUCCUAAAGAGCAGUACGUCUGAACUUUGUUACAAACUCAAACCUCUCCAGUGAGCUCAGAUGACACACAACCCGAUUUGAACCUGAACCUUUCCUAAGAGGAGGUUGUUUAACCCUGGACGAUCAGGCAGCGUCUCUGCACUGUCUGCACCACUGUGGACGGCUCUGGAAGUCAAAGGACAAUGCAGCUUUUGUUUUUGGGCUUGGAAUUAAGUCUAAAUUCGAAACAUUUUCUGUCUUUUGUCCAUUUUUUAUUGUGUUCUUUGAAAAGGGAAGAUUGUUAUACUAUGUUUCUUCUAAGUUUUUUCGAUUGAGGCAGGUCAAAUUAAAGAUGAUUUGACCGUCAUUCGAUGUAUUACAUUUGAUUGGAAAAACUUCCAACUGACUGGAUAGGAUUAUCUCUUGAUGUCCGAUGUGGUUGACUCCUUACUUUAUCCUCAUUUUGUAAAAAAAAAAAGAGAAAACAAAAAAAAAAGAUGAUACUUUACUACUUUAUCUGUAUUGCCCCCAUCUUUAUCCUGCGUCGUACACACUGACAAUCCCUUUACUGAGAAACAGCAAACCUCACCUUUUGGUUUUACCUCCUGUUCCAAUGUAAUACUUUUACUGUAUUUUGUAUCAUGUGUUUUUCUUUGCAAAGAAAGAAAUCGUUUUUAUUUACUGAAGACAUUUUUGUUGAUAUAUGAAGUUGAUGUUUUUAUUUGUGGUAUCUGUGGGUUUUAGUAUUGACACUGGUUGUUGGAUGAGCCUUGAAUUUUUAGCAUUUAAAUAAAAAUUAUCAUGUAAACUUAUAUCAGCAAUGACUGAAUCACACAAACUUCAACUCUUUCUU